AUUAAUUGAACAGUGGUUGAACCAAUGAAAUAUUAGAUUAAAACAUUUUGCCGAUCAAGUUUUCAUCGUGAAUUGAUAAACACCUAAAGCUCUAUCGGCGUGGCUAAUUUCCGGAAUAUAAUCUGUGCACAAGAUAGGCUUUGUAGAAAAAGCUAAAAAAGGAAAUUGAAUUAUUCAUUUAUCAGAAGAAAAAAAAACAGCGGGACAGAGUUGAAACAAGAUAGCUGCCAUUCACACGAAAGAAAAAAAAAUAAUACUUGUUAGAAUUCAUUUAAGCGGUAUCAUCAACAAACUAAGAUGAAAUGAUGGAUAUUCAGAAUCAAGUCUGCAUGAAUAAAAACAAUAUUUUUUUUAAGAUGGAUUAUAUCACAAACUUUCACUAUUGAAAUAUACACUUGACUGUCAUCGAUUGGUCUAUCUAAAUACAUUACAUUUCAUUGACAGUAUCAAGACACAGAACCUGUCUUUGUCAUCGUAUUACACGGAACAAAAGUGUUUCAGGGAGGCUAAUGGUGUUUUGAGUAAAGCCCAUUAUGUUUUAGAUCAAGUGUCAAUCUGCGUCGUAGUUAAGGAUUACAGACUUAUCUCCGAUCACGUACGAGAAAUCCAUUCAUAGCAUGCCCUGAGAGAAUUUGUAUGUUCAUUUCCAUAUGAUAUGAAUAAUAGGAUGUUGGUAAAUUUAAAUUCAUUGGUGAUGGAUGCUUAAAAUUAUCUACUAUUUGUUUCAUAAGCCAACAGGAUUUUUUUCGCACCAUCGCUACAUGUGCAUCAUCCGGGACAAACAACGUCAUUACAGAUACUGAAAAUAAAACAUUUAGAUGAUACAGAUGUACAGAAAAUAAAACAUUUAGAUGAUACAGAUGUACAGAAAAUAAAACAUUUAGAUGAUACAGAUGUACAGAAAAUAAAACAUUUAGAUGAUUAAACUUAAUGCAAAGGAAUAUAAAAGUCAAUGAAAUAGUUACGGCUUUACUGAUUGAAUUAUUUGAAGGAAAAUAAGCAAACUGAAUUAAAAAAUAAAUGAAGCUAAUAAAAAUGAAGGAAUAAAAGCAAGGAGCUUGUUAUGCUGUCUUUAUUUCAAAUAUCCAACCUUUAUACGUCCUUACUAAGUGAUUGUGAAGAGUUUCUCUACGUAGAUUGUAUAUACACGAAAUAAUUGCGAUUUAUUCGAGGAGAAAUUUUUAAGAAAUCAGGAUAAAUGAGGCAGUGAAACUUCAUGUAACUAAACUAAAUAAUCGAUUGUGAUUCUGGUUUAAUCUGAAGAUACUGCAAGACCCAAGGUCACCCGAAAGAAAAAGUGUAUUGUGCCGAAAGUAAUUUAAAAACGACGAUGAAUGAAAAGAGUCUGAAAAAGGCUUUGUUGAAGAAAUCAUCGUCGCCUUAUCCAGAAAGAAAGAAAAGACCUCGUUUGAAAUUUGCAUGGAAUCGAGAACAAGCCGUAGAUUACGAUAACUGUAAACAAAUUGAUGUCUUUAUUCAAGACGUGAUCGAGAAAGCAAAAGAGGAUUAUUUAAACACUUAUUCACAACAAAAUGGUCAAUGUAUGGAUGAAGAUGUACCAGAAGACGAAGAAUGCAACAAAUCAAUCCGUUUUCAAGUUGACGAAAGAUUCACAAAAUCAGAUCACUGUUGUGGCCAGGAUGAUGUUAGUUGCAAAGAAAAUAUUUCAAAAAGGAAAACUACAGAAAAUAACAAAGGUUCUUUAGCUCAGGAAACUGUGGAAAUGAAAGAAUUAGGUAAGACGUCAUACAACGGAGAACGUAAACCCCUCAUCGAUAAAAACAGUGAACAUAAAUGUUGUUCAAACAGAAACAUAUGCUCACGGCUUUUAAUAUUAUUGACUUGCUAUCAAUGCCGUUGUUUGCAAGAGUUUUUUAGUGAUAGUUGACAAAUUAUGUUUUGCAUCUAUUAACGUAUCAUUGAUGUUACAUGUAAUUACCAUGGAUAAAAUGUUCAUAUACUAAACAAUAUGAUAUAUAGCAAAUGUAUGAAAUUAUAUGUAUUCUAAACAUUAAAAUAAGCCACUACAUGUCUAUGGCAAUAUGAUAUAAUACAUUUCUCAUGAAAUACACUUUACUUAGACGUCUGGAUAAUGGUGAUAUAAUCAGCUAGUAAUAAGCUUUUAUUCUAGGAACAAGCUUAAGGCUAGGGGACAAAUAAAUUAUUUAAAGUAUCUACAACUGUAGCUUUGUAAUCAAUACGACUCAUCCUGCAUAUGAUAACAGUGAAACCUGUAUAUAACGGACACCCAAGGACAAGAAAAUACUGACCUCAUAAGAGACGUUACCUUUGAAUUAAGGCUUAAAACGCAUUCGUUUUACUACGAAGGAUGACGUGACGAGACAAUAAUUGUUUUGAUCUGAUUAUUGUUAUUAUUAUUGGUCACCUUGAUUGGAAGUCGGUAUUAUAAAUGAAGCAAAGACAUAUUUAUGUUUUAUAUAUCUUUCAAAGCGACCACGUAGACUUAUGUUAAUAACCUUUUAUGAAUAACUGCGUGUAAUGAUUAAAAUAUAUGUAUCAAAUUACAAAAAUUGGGUUUUACAUGAAUAUAUUGUUUUAUUUUG